AUGUCUGAUAUUUCUAACGAAUCUAAAGUUCUACUGGUUGAGGAAGACCAAAGCCUGCUUCAUAAAUCAACUGUUAAAGAUUAUGUUUGUGAAACUCGGCCUUGGUAUACGGUUCCUCAUUUACUUCACUUAAAUUUUGUUUUAUUUUUGGUUUGUCUUUCUUCUACCAAUAAUGGGUACGAUGGUUCAGUGCUUAAUGGGUUACAGUCCUUGAAUUAUUGGCAAGAUUAUUUUGGCCAUCCAUCGGGAGCAAGAUUAGGUGCAUUGAGUAACGCUGUUGUGUUUGGGGUGAUGAUUUGUUUCCCAGUGGGCCCAUAUCUCGCCGAUCACAUUGGUCGUAGGUUUUGCAUUGGAUUUGGCCAAGCCUUAACGGUGAUUGGUAGUGUUAUCCAAGGGGUUACUGGGAUGGGGAUACACUGUGCUGAAGGAUUCUGUACGGAUAGAGACCGUCAUUUUGUUUGGUUUUUCUUUGCACGUAUUAUUGUUGGUUUUGGUGCUGGGGCUGCAGUUAUUGGAUCCAGUAGUUUGAUUUCAGAGUUAUCUUACCCAACUCAUCGUGAGGUAGCUACUUUUGCCUUUAAUGUUUUUUGGUAUAGUGGAGCAGUUUUAGCUUCAUGGGUUGUUUUCGGUACUAGAAAUUUAGAUUCAGAUUACGCUUGGAGAAUUCCCUCUUUUAUUCAAGGGGCAUUACCUCUAAUUCAAGUGUUAACUAUCUUUUUAGUUCCGGAAUCGCCUAGAUUUUUAAUUGCUCAAGGUAGAAUAGAACAAGCCGAAUCAGUUUUGAAAAAAUAUCAUAUUGGUAAUUCAGUGGAAGCUGAUAAAUUGGCUUUUAUUCAAUUUGAAUUAGCUGAAAUUCAAACGGCCAUUGAAAAUGAAAAACUCACCACCAAUUCUUCUUACAUGGAUUUUAUCAGAAAGAAGAACUUCCAUAAACGUUUAUUCUUGGUCUGUUUUGUUCCGGUUAUUAUGCAGCUUGCUGGUAAUGGUCUUGUUUCUUACUAUCUUAAUAAAGUGUUGAAUUCUAUUGGUAUCACUGGUGAAACCGAACAGCUUAUCAUUAAUGCUUGUCUUAUGACUUAUAACUUUGUUUGCUCUGCUGUUAUUUGCUCUCUUCUGAGCCUUUUCAAAAGAAGAACGCUAUUCAUCACUUGUCUUAGUGGUAUGUUAAUUUCCUAUAUCAUUUGGACCAUUUUAUCGGCAAUUAAUCAGCAACGUCAUUUUGAAGAUAAAAGUUUGGCCAAUGGGGUCUUAGCCAUGAUUUUCUUAUUCUACCUUGCUUAUAAUAUUGGUGUUAAUGGAUUACCUUACUUAUACAUGACUGAAAUCUUACCUUACUCUCACAGAGCUAAAGGAAUUAACAUUUUCCAGUUCGUCCAGGAAGUUCUUUUGGUCUACAACGGGUUUGUAAAUCCAGUGGCAAUGGCUGCCAUUGAGUGGAAAUACUACAUCGUCUACUGUUGUCUUCUUUGCGUUGAAUUGGUUGUGGUUAUUCUUUUCUUCCCAGAAACUUCCGGCCGCAGUUUAGAAGAAGUCGGUGAAGUCUUUGGCGACGAAGUAACCAAAGUCCACCUCAAUUCUUACGACUCCAAAGCCAAGCACUCAAUAGAACAUGUUGAAUCUACAUAAUUUUAUAUACUACUAAUACUUUCCAAUAAAAUUUGGUAAAAAGAUAUAU